AUGAAUCAGGUACCUGUUGCAGCAACACAUAAUGAAAGAACCAAUAUUAUUCCUGAUGGAAAUUGGAGAAGCACAUUGACCGCAUCUGAGCAACAUGCAAUUAUAUUUCAUUUAGUUUCAGCUUUGCGGGCAGUAUCGUCAAAUGUUUCUUUGGAGCAUUUGGUGGCUAUUGUGAAUGCGUUUGAGAAACAUGCAUAUGAAAAGGCUAACAGCAAAAUGGAAUAUAUUAAUAUUUGUAAUACUAAAUUGAUGCAUAUUAAAGGGACUGCUAUUGCCAAACAUAGUUCUUUGCAAACACAGAAUCAACAACCAAUAGUGCAUUUUUUUCCCCAGGUUCACCAUCAGCAGGUUGUUUCUUCUCAACCGAAAACAUUUGAGCGCUCACAGGGUUCUGGAUUAAUAUCCCAAGCUGCUUUUGCUCGUUCUGCGUCUCAGUCAUCUCAGCAGGCUAUAGAUUCUCAUUCUCAGUUUCAACAAGCUGCAACACUCUUAAAUCCGCAAAUGGUAUUUCACCAAAAGCAAGCUUUAAUGAGACAAGCUUCAACUAAUUCUCAUCUUUCUACUCAGAAUUUAAUGCAAUCUUUAAACUGUUCUGUAAAUCAGCAAUCUCUUAAUGUGAAUUCUGCUUCGGAUAAUUUAAAAUUUCCGUCUCAUUCUGUUUCUCAGCAAAAGGCAUUACAGAUUCAGCAAAUAUUAAAUCAGUUACGUGCACAAAAUAAUCAGCAGCAAUAUUCACAAUAUAUGACCCGUCAAACACAUGCUUUUCAAAGCUCAGAUAAGCAUCAACCGUCUCUUAAUCAACAAUCUCUUAAUCAACAGCAAAUUCAUAUGUUAUCGCAAGCUGAUUUGUAUCAACAAUGUUCCGAUGGUUCACUGCUUAAUCCGUCCAAUAUAAAUUUGCAAAAACUUAUGGCACUAAAUCAGACUAUUCAGACUCAAAAUCAAAAUAAAAAACCUCAGUCAUCCCAGUCACAAGCUAAGCAGUUGCUUUCUGGUCAAACAUUACAGGGGUUUUCAUCUCAAAUGCAAGGAUCUGUUCAACAAAUGGUUAAUCCUCAAGUGCAGAAAAGGGUGACUCAGACUACUGGACCUUCUACAUCUCAUCAGGAAUUUAAAAAAUAUCUUGAUCCCCAUUUAAAUCCUUGUAAUUAUCUUAUUCCACAGCGUAUUUUAGCUCAGUUACCUGAACUUCCCUCUAAUGUUUCUACUUGGACUCAAGUUGCUGAGCUUUUUCGAAGCCAAAGAUUAAGUCCAGAACAAAUGACUCGUGUUCAUGAUCUUUUUUAUCAACAUGCAUUAUAUCUUCAACUACAUUAUCAACAAAUUCAGCAGAUGAAUAAUCAAUCUGCUAAUCAAUUUCAAUCUCAGUCUAUGUCUCAACUACAUUCUACUAAACCGGCUUCUCAAAUUCAACAGCAGCAAAUGCGACAGAGUUUACCUCAAAUGCAACAAGCAUCAAAUGUAAUUCCUUCUGAAUUUAUGCAAUCUGAAUGGUUUUCUGAAGCUCCAAAUUUUUCAUCAUAUUCUCAUGUUUUUGUUCCUAAUAUUAAUACCUCUUUAAAUAAUCAGGUUUCUCAAUCACAAUUUCAAUCAAUUGAUCAAUUAUUAACUACGACUAAAAAUGAUAAUGCUUUUGGAGCAAAAAAAAGACCUAAAACUCCUGUAAAAAUUAAAAAGAAAGAAGAUAUUAAAUCUGUUAACGACCAACAUUAUGUAUUACAAGCAUCUAAUUUAGUAUUAUCUUCUCCUGUUCCAACUCAGCAAAUAACGCAAUUUAAACAAGAUUCUACUCCUCAAGAUCAAAGCGAUAAUUCUAUUGUUCAGAAAAUUUUGAUGUGUGGUGGUAAAGAGGUAAAUAUCCAGAUGGUUGCUCGUCUUAAGCGAAUUCAAAAUGAAGUAGAAAGAAAUGGAAUAAAAAUUACACCAUUGAAUGAUCUUACUUCUAUUCAAAAACAGCAGGUUUGUGAAUUAGUUACUGAAAUGAAUCAAAUGUAUCAUCGUAUUGAUAUGCUUUUACCGCUAUUUAUGGCUUUAAGUUCAAAUGAGUCUGCAGUUAAACAGUUAUUGCAAAUGAGGUUACUUUGUAAGAAUCAGUUUGAUGUUUUACCUCAAGGGAUUUAUUUGUGCUAUCCUUCUCAGUUUAUUAAGAUUAAAAAAAUUAUAUUAGAAUAUUUUAAAUUUGUAAAGAGUAGUGUUCAUGCUAUUCAGAAACAAAUCGAAAAUGAAAAACCAUUAUCAGAUAAAACUCCAACAAAUCUUCCCGAAAUAAAUUCUAGUAUUUCUGAUUUUCAACAUGCUUUAGUUGAUACGGUAUCAGUUCAAAUCCCUAGUGAUGCCUCAUCAUCAAAAUUAUUUAAGACUAAUUUAAAAAACAAUACAAAAACAGAUAAUAUGGAAAUGAUUUCUAGAGAUAAUUUUAAUAUUGAUAAUAACUUUAGUGAAACUAAUACGAUAUCUGGAGAAAAUAUUUUAAGUUCUGAGAAAAUAAACUUAGAUGUUUUUGAUUUAUCUAAAGAGUCUCAUGAAUCUCAGAUAAAAGAUAAAGUUAUAAAUGAUUCUUUAGAUUAUACACUUUUAAAUGUGGCUAGUGUUUUGGAAGCAGAUGAUGUUAAUGAAAUUUUUUUUAUGGAUAAAUCUUUUCUUAAUGAGAAAGAAAGCAUAGAUAUUUUGUCUAAUGAAUUAGAUUCUGAAAUUAUUUCAAGUUUAGAAGUGAAAAGUCCUCAAUCUUUUGUUACAAAUGGUCUACCAGAUCAAUCUUUAGGAAAAGAUCAAAAUGAUUUUGUAGGUAUAUCCGGUAUCGAUGAUAAAUUGUCUUCUAGUUUAACUGUAAGUCCUGUUAGCAAUGAAAAGAGAUCCUUUUCUUCAUCUGAGGCUGUAUUUUCAUCAAUUGUUUCUAAUGUUUUGGAAGAUGAAAAGUUGUUAAAUGAUAUAAACUUUGAUCAGUGUUUUGAUUUAACUUUUAAUGAUAAGACUUAUGGAAAUAAUAUAUUGAAUUUUGAUAAAUUGCAAGAAAAUAAUCUUAGUUCUGUAUUCGAUAUUAACGAAAUAAAGUUAGAAAAUACACCUGAAGGAUUAGAAUGGGAUUUUAGAAGUAUAUCUAAUAUUGGUCCUUUUAAAAUAAAAGAUUUCUAUGCAUCAAAUAAUGAAAAUAUAUGGAAUGAGGAAGUAAAAACAAGGGAUUUAUCUACUCUUGGCUUAGGAAUUGUAACUAAUGUUUAUUAA